AUGAAAUUCGUCUCCCAGCUCGCAGCCCUCGCAGCCACCGCCACACUUCCCUGCCUCGCCUCGACCUCUACCAGCUCCAAGUCGACAUCCCCUGGCCCAGACAAGGACGGCAAGUAUUGGAUCGAGGGCGACGGCUUGCGCGCCGCCUUCGUCCCCUACGGCGCCUCCGUGUCCAACGUGCUGCUAAGAGACAAACGCGGCGUCGAGCGCGACAUUGUCACCGGCUGGGACAAUGCCACCUACUACGACGAGGAUAAGCUGCACCCGCACUUUGGCGGCGUCCCCGGCCGCUACGCCAACCGCGUCAAGAACAGCACCUUCACGAUCGACGGGACCACCUACCGUAUCAAGGCGAACGAGAACCCGACCAAGGACCACCCGGACGGCGUCGACACGCUGCACGGCGGGCCCGACGGUUGGGACUGGCGCAACUUUACCGUCGUCUCCCACACGAGCAACAGUGUCACGUUUAUGAUUCUUGACCCGGACGGCAAAGAGGGCUUCCCUGGCGAGGUCAUCUCGUACAUUACCUACACGCUGCAGGGCAUGGACUGGCACAUUAAAAUGAUUGCGCUGUCGACGACCAAGAAGACGCCCAUCAUGCUUAGCAGCCACACGUACUGGAACCUCGACGGCUUUGCGAAUAAUGAGACCAACACCGCGCUUAACCACACGCUACACCUGCCGUACAGCGGCCAGCGCGUCGGCGUGGACAAUAUUCUCAUCCCCACUGGCGAAUUUUGGUCCAACAAGAAAGGUUCCGUCAACGACUUUUGGAGCCAGCCUAGACAGGUUGGCCACGCCAUGGGCGAAGAGGACCUUGUCGACAACUGCGGUUUCAACUGCACCGGCUACGACAACUGCUUCCUUGUUAACCGCGACCAUCUCGGUUCAUACGACUGGCGCACCGAGGGACCCGUCGCGCGCCUCGCCUCGUCGUGGUCCGGCAUCGAGAUUGACGUCUACACCGACCAGCACGCCUUUCAGGUCUACAGCUGCAACGGAAUGGACGGUAGCAUCGUUCUCAAGAAGACGCAGGGCCUCGAGGAUCACAAGGACUUUCCCCGUACUAUUCCGAAGUACGGCUGCGUCGUCUUGGAGGUUCAGGACUACAUUGACGGCAUCAACAACCCCGAGUGGAUGCGCGGCAACCGCCAGAUAUUUGGACCUGGCGAUGAUCCGUACGUGCUCCAGGCGACGUACAAGUUCAAAGUAAACAAGGACUAG